ACACAUUUCAUAUGAUUCAUUAUAACUGACAGACAUCCUUUCAACUGAAGAUACUUUUUGAUGGACAAUUUAGCCGGUAAUUUUUACUGAAGAGCAUCUUUCAUACAACCGGGAAACGGGGGCUGGGGCUGGGCUCGCGGUCUUAAUCAGAUCCAUUUCUUGUUUUGAUGCGUGCGCCGCUCCGGAGUCAAAGCAGAGACAGCGAGGGGAAUCAGUGCGAGCGAAGAACGGGAGGACGGAUAACGGUACCGAGGACAACAGGGAUGUACAGCAAACAUAGGCAGAAAAAUGUCCAAAUAUCACCGGCACAAUGUGGACGUUCGCUUAUUAUGUUGUCUUUGCUACUACUGAAUGGCAUACUGGAAAGUGCAAACGGAGAUACCCGAGACCAAGGAGAGUUAAGGGGACAGACGGUGACAGCACAGUGGAUCUCUCGUGGAUGCACCAAGAGAGAAGAUGCUGGGACUGCUGCAAAACAGGACCAGUAUCCAGACAGAGGGGAAAUUGGGCUGUCCUCCAACAACCUUGAACUGGUACUACAAGUGGAACGGAAUCAGGAGCUCCUGGGCCCAGACUUCACAGAAACCCACUACAGUGAGGAUGGGCAGCCUGUAACUGUGGCCACCAAUUACAGUGAUCACUGCUUCUACCACGGGCAUGUAAGAGGACACAUGGACUCCUGGGCAGCUCUUAGCACAUGUUCAGGAGUAAGGGGCCUGAUUGCCUUGAACUCAAAUGACACCUACUACCUUGAGCCAAUCAGAGGGCUGGACUCUCUCCAUCACUCGCUGGUCAGCGCAGACGAUCUGCCAAUCAGAGGUGGGACUUGCGGCCAUGGGCAUCAGACUGGACACCCCAGCCUCCUCUCCGGACUGCUUAAACCUUUGCAUCAAAGGGUGAGACGAAAUGCCUGGGGCACCACCAAGUACAUGGAGCUGUACAUCGUGGCUGACAGUACACUGUAUAAACGACAGAAUAAGGACUACCAGAAAACCAAGCUGAGGAUAAUGGAGAUUGCCAAUUAUGUUGAUAAGUUCUACAGGGCUCUGAACAUCCGGGUGCCUCUGAUUGGUCUGGAGGUAUGGAAGGAGAGGGAUGAGUGCAUCAUUACAGAGGAGCCCAACACCACACUCUGGUCCUUCCUACAGUGGAGACAGAAGCUUAAGUCCCGCAAGAAGCACGACAACGCACAGCUACUGACGGGAGUCAUAUUUAAAGGGACCACCAUAGGGAUGGCACCGCUGGAGGGGAUGUGUAGUCUGGAGAACUCUGGAGGCAUUAAUGUGGACCAUUCGGAUUUACCCAUCGGAGCUGCCGCCACCAUGGCCCAUGAGAUCGGGCACAAUUUUGGGAUGAGCCACGACCACGAGGGCUGCUGUGUGGAGGCGACUGCGGAGCAAGGGGGCUGCGUGAUGGCUGCUGCCACCGGGCACCCAUUUCCCCGGGUGUUCAGCCGCUGCAGUAAGCUGGACCUGGACAACUACUUCCAGAAGGGAGGAGGGAUGUGCCUCUUCAAUAUGCCCGACAUGAAGGACCUGGUCGGGGGCAAGAGGUGCGGCAACGGCUUUGUGGAAGACGGAGAAGAGUGCGACUGCGGAGAGCCAGAGGAGUGCAGUAAUGACUGCUGCAACGCCAACAACUGCAGUCUGAAGGCAGAGGCUCAGUGCGCCCACGGGGUGUGUUGCGAGGGCUGUAAGCUGAAGCAGGCAGGUACCAUGUGUCGUGGUCCUGCGGGAGCGUGCGACCUGCCUGAGUACUGCACUGGAGGCUCUCCCUACUGCCCGUCCAACGUUUACCUGUUGGAUGGAUCCUCCUGCCAGUAUGGUCACGCCUACUGCUACAACGGCAUGUGUCUGACCCACGAACAGCAGUGUCUGCAGCUGUGGGGCUACGGUGCCCGGCCAGCGCACGACGCCUGCUUUCAAGACGUCAACGCAGCAGGGAACGCGUUUGGAAACUGUGGGAAGGACGGACAGGGAAACUACAUGAAGUGCGAGAAAAGCGAUGCCAAGUGCGGGAAGAUCCAAUGCCACAGCGCGGCCAAGAAGCCGAAGGGCACCAACGCAGUGUCCAUAGACACCACCAUCCGUACAGACGGCAUGGAGGUGAAGUGCAGGGGGACAUACGUCUAUACUACCCAGGAUGGACAGGGGGACCUCCCUGACCCAGGCCUCGUCAUGACAGGCACCAAGUGUGGAGAGGGGAAGGUGUGCAGGGACCGCCGGUGCCAAAACAACUCUUUCACCGAGCUGGAGGGCUGCAUCGCUCGCUGCCAUGGCCAUGGGGUGUGCAACAGCAAUGGCAACUGUCACUGUAACCGAGGGUGGGCACCUCCCUUCUGUGAGAAGCUUGGUCUGGGUGGCAGUGUGGACAGUGGGCCUGUCCAGUACCACAGUCAGCUGGGCUUGGUGUUAGGUCUUCUGUUUGUCUUCCUGGUUCUCCUACCUGGGAUCCUCAUCACCUUCUACUGCUAUAAGAUCAAGAGCUCCUACUACCACAAGUGGCUCUCCCAAAGAGACAAGAACAACAAGGCUAACAGACUUGAAGGCUCCAUGGAGAAGGGUAAGAACGGACACCUCAACCCGGCAUUUCAUCUGAAGGUGGUGGGGCCAGCGAACAAAGGAAACAGUCACAAGGGGCUCCCUCACACCAGCAAAGAGGUGCUGCCUCUCCGGCCAGGCCCCACCCCUAACGGCACUCAACCUGUCAACAUUGUGCGUCCCCUAAGGCCCGCCCCCUCGCCGCACAACACGCCACAGCGCUUCAAGGUGGUCCACCCACCUUCACUUGUCAGCAAGCAACCCGGGGCCCCGCCGAAAUCCCCCGCCGCUCCUCAAAAACUCACGCCACCCAAGAAACCGCUUCCCCUCAACCCAACACGAUCACCACUGGUAUCCAACCCAACACGAUCACCACUGGUAUCCAACCCAACACGAUCACCACUGGUAUCCAACCCAACACGAUCACCACUGGUAUCCAACCCAACACGAUCACCACUGGUAUCCAACCCAACACGAUCACCACUGGUAUCCAACCCAACACGAUCACCACUGUUGGUGUCAGAGCUGCAGCCCAGACACUCCCCCUCUCCUCCUCAGAGGCCCCUGCCCCUCAGCCCCGCCAGAGGGGGGGUGUUACCCGUGAGCCCAGCGAGGGCGAAUCCUCCCAAACCUUCCAAUGGGCUGCUGGUGAUGAUGCCCCCUGCCGUCGGCCCCAAACCAGUGGGCAAGCUGUCCGUCAUCCCUCCUCUCAAAGCACUCAGGCUGGUCCCAGGAGCGAAACCAAACACAGUCUCCUCGCCUUUCCGAAAAUGACCCUGGGAGCCUUGCCUUGCCUUGCCGAGAGGAGCCUAUCAGGAGCCAGCAGUCAGUCCGCAGCAGUCAGCCUAUUUGCACUACAGCGAUCUUGUUGGAGGGCUGGUACAAGACAGGUGUUGAUCAACAGUAAUAGCUAAGGAGCAAGGCAGAGGCUGAUGGAGGGGGGAGGGGGGGUGGAGGAA